GCUCGCAGCUGAACGCGCCUCCAUCCCUCCCUCCCUCCUCUUCUCCCUCCCUCUUUUUUUCUCUCUCUCUCUCGGCUCUCCUCCUCCCUAACUCACUGGAUAUUACCAGCCGCCGGGCUCGCCGCCGCCUCUCCCCCAGCCAUGAAUCCCGCCGAAGGGGCGGCGGAGGAAGGCGCUGUCCCUGACUCCGAGGUGGAUGCUUUCUUCCGAACAGGUUCUUUUCGAAAUGACGGUUUAAAAGCUGCUGAUGUCCUUCCUAUACUGAAGGAGAAAGUGGCCUUUGUGUCAGGUGGCCGUGAUAAACGAGGUGGUCCGGUCUUGACCUUCCCAGCCCGCAGCAAUCAUGACAGAAUAAGGCAGGAAGACCUUCGUAAACUUGUGACUUAUUUGGCCAGCGUGCCAAGUGAAGAUGUUUGCAAACGAGGAUUCACUGUUAUUAUCGAUAUGCGGGGAUCCAAAUGGGAUUUGAUCAAGCCUCUCCUAAAAACCCUUCAAGAAGCCUUUCCUGCUGAGAUUCAUGUUGCCCUGAUUAUAAAACCUGAUAAUUUUUGGCAGAAGCAGAAAACAAACUUCGGCAGUUCCAAGUUCAUCUUUGAGACAAGUAUGGUGUCUGUGGAAGGCCUGGCAAAGCUUGUGGAUCCUUCUCAACUGACAGAUGAGUUUGAAGGGUCCUUGGAUUACAACCACGAUGAAUGGAUAGAGCUGCGUGUCUCCUUGGAAGAGUUUUUCAACAGUGCCAUCCAUUUGUUAUCGAGGCUGGAGGAUCUCCAGGAAAUGUUGGCUAGGAAGGAGUUUCCAGUUGAUGUUGAGGGCUCAAGAAGGCUGAUUGAUGAGCACACACAGCUUAAGAAAAAAGUGAUUAAAGCUCCUGUGGAAGAACUGGAUCGUGAGGGCCAGAGGUUAUUACAAUGCAUAAGAUCCAGUGAUGGUUUUUCUGGUAGGAACUGCAUUCCUGGAAGUGCAGAUUUUCAAAGUCUUGUGCCAAAGAUCACCAGCCUUUUAGACAAGCUGCAUUCUACCCGGCAACACUUGCAUCAGAUGUGGCAUGUCCGCAAGUUGAAACUGGACCAGUGCUUUCAGCUCCGGCUUUUUGAGCAAGAUGCGGAGAAGAUGUUUGACUGGAUCAGCCACAACAAAGAGUUGUUCCUGCAGAGUCACACAGAGAUCGGUGUGAGCUACCAGCACGCCCUGGACCUGCAGACACAGCACAACCACUUUGCCAUGAAUUCCAUGAACGCCUAUGUCAACAUCAAUCGAAUCAUGUCUGUGGCGUCGAGGCUCUCCGAGGCAGGCCACUAUGCUUCCCAGCAAAUCAAACAAAUAUCCAGCCAGCUGGAUCAGGAGUGGAAGAGUUUUGCUGCAGCUCUGGAUGAGCGCAGCACCAUCUUAGCCAUGUCUGCUGUCUUCCACCAGAAAGCUGAGCAGUUCCUUUCAGGUGUGGAUGCCUGGUGCAAAAUGUGCAGUGAUGGAGGCCUCCCCUCAGAAAUGCAAGACCUGGAACUGGCCAUCCACCAUCACCAGACCCUCUAUGAGCAAGUGACCCAGGCCUACACAGAGGUGAGCCAGGAUGGAAAAGCCUUGCUGGAUGUCCUACAGCGUCCCUUGAGUCCUGGGAAUUCUGAAUCCCUCACUGCUACUGCAAACUACUCCAAGGCUGUUCACCAGGUGCUGGAUGUGGUACAUGAGGUCCUGCAUCACCAGCGGCGCCUAGAAAGCAUCUGGCAACACAGAAAGGUCCGGCUACAUCAAAGGCUGCAGCUCUGUGUUUUCCAGCAGGAUGUUCAACAGGUCCUGGACUGGAUUGAAAAUCACGGGGAAGCUUUUCUGAGCAAACACACGGGAGUGGGGAAGUCUCUGCACAGAGCACGUGCACUGCAGAAAAGACACGAUGAUUUUGAAGAGGUAGCACAGAAUACAUACACCAAUGCAGACAAGCUCUUGGAGGCUGCAGAGCAGUUGGCUCAGACUGGGGAAUGUGACCCUGAAGAGAUCUAUAAAGCAGCCCGGCAUCUGGAAGUUCGGAUUCAGGACUUUGUCCGGAGGGUGGAACAGAGGAAACUUCUCUUGGACAUGUCAGUCUCCUUCCAUACCCACACCAAAGAGCUGUGGACAUGGAUGGAAGAUCUGCAGAAGGAGCUCUUAGAGGAUGUCUGUGCUGAUUCUGUGGAUGCAGUUCAGGAGCUUAUCAAGCAGUUUCAGCAGCAGCAAACAGCCACCCUGGAUGCUACCCUCAAUGUUAUUAAAGAAGGGGAAGAUCUAAUCCAGCAGCUCAGGGACUCUGCUGUUUCCAACAACAAGACCCCCCACAACAGCUCCAUCAGCCACAUUGAAUCUGUCCUUCAGCAGCUCGACGAGGCCCAGGUACAGAUGGAAGAGCUCUUCCAUGAGAGGAAGAUUAAGCUAGACAUUUUCCUUCAGCUCCGGAUUUUUGAGCAGUACACCAUUGAGGUUACAGCAGAGCUAGAUGCUUGGAAUGAAGAUCUGCUGAGACAAAUGAAUGAUUUCAACACUGAGGAUCUGACUCUGGCUGAGCAGCGAUUGCAGCGUCACACUGAGCGGAAACUGGCCAUGAACAACAUGACCUUUGAAGUCAUCCAGCAAGGGCAAGACUUGCACCAAUACAUCAUGGAGGUCCAGGCUUCAGGCAUUGAGCUGAUCUGUGAAAAAGACAUUGAUCUUGCAACCCAGGUUCAAGAACUGCUGGAAUUCCUUCACGAGAAACAGCAUGAGCUGGAGAUGAAUGCUGACCAAACUCACAAGAGGUUAGAGCAGUGCCUACAGCUCAGGCACCUCCAGGCUGAGGUCAAGCAGGUGCUUGGCUGGAUCAGGAACGGAGAGUCGAUGCUCAACGCCAGCCUGGUCAAUGCCAGCUCCCUCUCAGAGGCUGAGCAGCUCCAGCGGGAGCACGAGCAGUUUCAGCUGGCAAUAGAGUCCCUCUUUCAUGCCACUUCCUUACAGAAGACACACCAGAGUGCCCUGCAGGUCCAGCAGAAGGCUGAAGUGUUGCUGCAGGCUGGACAUUAUGAUGCUGAUGCCAUCAGAGAAUGUGCUGAGAAGGUGGCCCUGCACUGGCAGCAGCUGAUGCUGAAGAUGGAGGACAGGCUCAAACUCGUCAAUGCCUCCGUGGCCUUUUAUAAAACCUCUGAGCAGGUGUGCAGCGUGUUAGAGAGUCUGGAGCAGGAAUACAGACGGGAUGAAGACUGGUGUGGAGGCCGAGAUAAACUUGGGCCAGCAGCUGAGAUAGACCAUGUCAUCCCUCUCAUCAGCAAACAUCUGGAACAGAAGGAGGCUUUUCUCAAGGCCUGUACCCUGGCACGGAGGAACGCCGAGGUGUUCCUCAAGUACAUCCACAGGAACAACGUCAGCAUGCCCGGCGUGGCCAGCCACACCAGAGGGCCCGAGCAGCAGGUCAAAGCCAUUCUGAGCGAGCUGUUGCAGAGGGAGAACCGGGUCCUUCACUUCUGGACCCUGAAGAAGAGAAGAUUAGAUCAGUGCCAGCAAUAUGUUGUCUUUGAGCGCAGUGCCAAGCAGGCCUUAGACUGGAUCCAAGAAACAGGAGAAUAUUAUCUCUCCACUCACAACUCCACAGGGGAAUCAGCAGAAGAAACUCAGGAACUCCUGAAGGAAUAUGGGGAAUUCAGAGUACCUGCCAAACAAACAAAGGAGAAAGUGAAGCUCCUCAUCCAGCUGGCUGACAGCUUUGUAGAAAAAGGACACAUACACGCCACAGAAAUUAGGAAGUGGGUCACCACCGUAGACAAGCGCUACCGGGACUUCUCUCUCAGGAUGGGGAAAUACCGUUACUCCCUGGAAAAAGCCCUUGGAAUCAACCCAGAGGAUAACAAAGACCUAGAACUAGAUAUCAUCCCAGCAAGUCUUUCAGACCGAGAGGUAAAGCUGAGAGAUGCAAAUCAUGAAGUCAAUGAAGAAAAAAGGAAGUCAGCCAGAAAGAAAGAAUUCAUUAUGGCUGAGCUGCUGCAGACAGAAAAAGCUUAUGUCAGGGAUUUACAUGAAUGUUUGGAGACUUACCUUUGGGAAAUGACAAGUGGAGUAGAAGAAAUACCAGCUGGGAUCCUUAAUAAAGAACACAUCAUCUUUGGCAAUAUUCAGGAGAUAUAUGACUUCCAUAACAACAUUUUUCUAAAGGAGCUGGAGAAAUAUGAACAACUGCCUGAGGAUGUGGGCCACUGCUUUGUCACCUGGGCAGAUAAAUUUCAGAUGUAUGUCACCUACUGCAAAAACAAGCCUGACUCCAGCCAGCUCAUCCUGGAACAUGCAGGGACUUUCUUUGAUGAAAUCCAGCAAAGACACGGGCUGGCCAACUCCAUCUCUUCUUAUUUAAUCAAGCCUGUCCAGAGGAUCACAAAAUACCAACUCCUGCUGAAGGAACUGCUGACCUGCUGUGAGGAGGGCAAAGGGGAGCUGAAGGAUGGUCUGGAAGUGAUGCUCAGUGUCCCAAAGAAGGCCAACGAUGCAAUGCACGUCAGCAUGCUGGAAGGGUUUGAUGAGAACCUUGAUGUCCAGGGAGAGCUGAUUCUUCAGGAUUCCUUCCAAGUGUGGGAUCCCAAGUCUCUCAUUCGGAAAGGCCGUGAGAGGCAUUUGUUUCUCUUUGAAAUCUCUUUGGUGUUUAGCAAAGAGAUCAAAGAUUCUUCAGGACACACAAAAUAUGUUUACAAGAACAAGUUACUGACCUCAGAACUGGGAGUGACUGAACAUGUUGAAGGAGAUCCCUGCAAAUUUGCUUUGUGGUCUGGACGAACACCAUCCUCAGACAAUAAAACAGUGCUGAAAGCAUCCAGCAUUGAAACGAAACAGGAAUGGAUCAAAAAUAUCCGGGAAGUUAUUCAAGAAAGGAUCAUUCAUCUGAAAGGAGCUCUGAAAGAGCCCAUUCAGCUCCCCAAGACACCAGCAAAGCAGAGAAACAACAGCAGAAGAGAUGGAAUAGAUGAUGCAGACAGCCAAGGGGAUGGCAGCAGUCAACCUGACACCAUUUCCAUUGCCUCCAGGACAUCACAGAACACAGUGGACAGUGAUAAGCAUUUCGUCUACGGCAGAGACACAGGACAGUUGUCUGGAGGGUGUGAACUAACUGUGGUGCUCCAGGACUUUACAGCGGGCCACAGCAGCGAGCUGAGCAUUCAGGUGGGGCAGACAGUGGAGCUGCUGGAGAGGCCCAGCGAGAGGCCAGGCUGGUGUCUGGUGCGGACCACGGAGCGGAGCCCGCCGCAGGAGGGUCUGGUCCCCAGCAGCGCUCUCUGCAUCUCCCAUUCCCGCAGCAGUGUGGAGAUGGAUUGCUUCUUCCCCUCAGGAAAAGACGCGUAUUCGGUCUCUGCCAACGACAACGGGGGCAAGUCUGACUCGGUGGCCAACUUACAGCCUCAGCCAUCCCUCAACUCCAUCCAGAGCUCCCCGGGCCCCAAGCGCUCGACCAACACCCUGAAGAAAUGGUUGACCAGUCCCGUGCGCCGCCUGAACAGCGGCAAGACCGAGAGCCACAUCAAGAAACAGAAGAAGGUGCGAGAUGGCAGGAAGAGCUUUGACCUUGGCUCACCAAAGACUGGAGAUGAAACCACUCCUCAGGGAGACAGUGCAGAUGAGAGCAAGAAGGGCUGGGGAGAAGAUGAAGCAGAUGAAGAGUCUCACACACCUCUUCCUCCUCCUAUGAAGAUUUUUGACAAUGAUCCAACCCAAGAUGAUAUGACCCUUGAAGGAGGAUCUUACCGAGGAGGCUUAAAAGAUGCCACUGGCUGCUUAAAUGAAGGAAUGACGCCUUCAACUCCCCCACGAAACCUUGAAGAGGAACAAAAAGCCAAAGCAAUGAGAGGCAGGAUGUUUGUCUUAAAUGAGCUGGUGCAGACUGAAAAAGACUACGUCAAAGACUUGGGAAUUGUUGUGGAGGGCUUCAUGAAGAGGAUGGAAGAAAAAGGAGUUUCUGAAGAUAUGAAAGGGAAAGACAAGAUUGUAUUUGGCAAUAUUCACCAAAUCUAUGACUGGCACAAAGACUUUUUCCUGGGUGAACUGGAAAAAUGUCUUCAAGAACCUGAGCGUUUAGCACAGCUCUUUAUUAAGCAUGAGCGGCGAUUGCACAUGUAUGUGGUGUAUUGCCAAAACAAGCCCCGCUCUGAGUAUAUAGUAGCUGAGUAUGAAACGUACUUUGAGGAGGUUCAGCAGGAAAUAAGCCAACGGCUGACCAUCAGUGACUUUUUGAUUAAACCCAUUCAAAGAAUAACUAAAUAUCAGCUUCUUCUCAAGGACUUCCUGAGGUACAGUGAAAAAGCUGGUCUGGAGUGCUCCGAGAUAGAGAAAGCAGUUGAAUUAAUGUGCCUUGUACCAAAACGUUGCAAUGACAUGAUGAACCUGGGUCGGCUCCAAGGCUUUGAGGGCAAACUGACAGCUCAAGGCAAGCUGCUGCAGCAGGACACCUUCUACGUGACGGAGCAGGAUUCCGGGGUGCAGUCUCGACCCAAGGAGCGCAGGGUGUUUCUCUUUGAGCAAAUAGUUAUCUUCAGUGAACUCCUUAGAAAAGGAUCUCUGACACCAGGCUACAUGUUCAAGAAGAGCAUAAAGAUGAACUACCUUAUCAUUGAAGAAAAUGUGGACAAUGAUCCCUGCAAGUUUGCUCUAAUGAGCCGGGAAACAUCAGAGAGAGUCAUUUUGCAGGCAGCUAAUCCAGAAAUUAAACAAGCUUGGGUACAGGACAUCAACCAGGUCCUGGAAACACAACGGGAUUUCCUAAAUGCGCUGCAGUCGCCCAUCGAGUACCAACGCAAGGAGAACAGCUCGGCGGUGCUGCGGCCCCAGGCCGGCCGGGUCCCCCAGCCCAACACCAGGCCCCAUUCUUCUAUUCCAGUAGGGUCUGAGAAGCCUCUGAAGGCUACAAGCCGUAACCCAUCUCUCCCACCCCUGAAGAUACCUACCUCCAAUGGCAGCACAGGGUAUGAGCACUCACAACCCGGAGACAAGUAUGAACAAAGCAAGACUGAUUUGGGAGGGUGCAAUGGGACCUCUUCCAUGGUGGUGAUUAAAGAUUACUAUGCACUGAAGGAGGAUGAGAUCUGUGUGAAUCAAGGAGAGGUGGUUCAGAUCCUUGCUAUCAACCAGCAGAACAUGUUCCUGGUGUACCAGCCUGCAAAUGACCACUCUCCAGCUGCUGAAGGAUGGAUCCCUGGCAGUAUCUUGGCUCCCCUCCCUAAAUCCACUACAGAUAAUAGCGAUGGAAGCAUCAAGAAGUCAUGUUCAUGGCAUACCCUGCGCAUGAGAAAGCGGGCGGAAAAGGAGAGCAGUGGCAAAAAUGAAGCCAAUGGGCCUCGUAAAUCCAAGGAUAUUCUGGGGAGCAAAGUCUCUGUUAAAGAGACAAACAGCUCAGAGGAAUCAGAGUGUGAUGACCUUGACCCCAAUACUAGUAUGGAGAUAAUCAACCCCAAUUUCAUCCAAGAAGUGGCUCCAGAGUUUCUUGUGCCAUUAGUGGACAUCACCUGCCUGCUUGGGGACACAGUGAUGCUGCAGUGCAAAGUCUGUGGGCGACCCAAACCAACUAUAACCUGGAAAGGACCAGACCAAAACAUUCUUGACAAUGACAACAGCACGGCCACUUACACUGUGUCAUCCUGUGACUCAGGAGAGCUCACCUUGAAGAUCUGCAACCUGAUGCCUCAGGACAGCGGCAUCUACACCUGUGUGGCAACCAAUGAACACGGAACCGCAUCAACCUCUGCAACCAUCAAAGUCCAAGGUGUGCCAGCUGCCCCAAACCGCCCCAUUGCUCAGGAGAGAAGCUGCACCUCUGUGAUCCUGCGCUGGCUACCCCCAACCAGUACAGGCAAUUGCACCAUUUCAGGCUACACAGUGGAGUACAGAGAAGAAGGCUCGCAGGUCUGGGAGCAGUCAGUAGCCUCAACUUUGGACACGUACCUGGUCAUUGAGGACCUGUCCCCAGGCUGCCAGUACCAGUUCCGAGUGAGUGCCAGCAACCCCUGGGGGAUCAGCUUGCCCAGCGAGCCAUCCGAGUUCGUGCGGCUCCCGGAGUACGACUCUGCUGCCGAUGGUGCCACUAUUUCAUGGAAGGAAAACUUUGACCUUGCCUAUGCAGAGCUGCAUGAGAUUGGGAGAGGUCGAUUCUCCAUAGUAAAGAAAUGUGUCCACAAAGCCACCCGGAAAGAUGUUGCUGUGAAAUUCAUUAGUAAAAAAAUGAAAAAGAAAGAGCAGGCAGCACAUGAAGCAGCUUUGUUACAACACUUACAGCAUCCUCAGUACAUCACUAUCCACGAUACCUACGAGUCUCCGACUUCUUACAUCUUAGUUUUGGAACUGAUGGAUGAUGGUCGUCUCCUAGAUUAUCUGAUGAACCACGAUGAACUUAUGGAGGAGAAGGUGGCCUUCUAUAUAAGAGACACAAUGGAAGCCUUGCAGUAUCUCCACAACUGCAGAGUGGCUCACUUGGAUAUAAAGCCAGAAAAUCUGCUCAUUGAUUUGAGAAUCCCAGUGCCUCGUGUCAAGAUCAUUGAUUUGGAAGAUGCGGUCCAGAUCACAGGUCAUUACCAUGUCCACCACCUCCUUGGAAACCCGGAGUUUGCAGCCCCUGAAGUUAUCCAAGGCCUUCCUGUCUCCCUGAGCACGGAUAUCUGGAGCAUUGGGGUCCUCACCUACGUCAUGUUAAGUGGUGUCUCUCCAUUCCUGGAUGAAAGCAAAGAGGAGACUUGUAUCAAUGUGUGUAGAGUGGAUUUCAGCUUCCCACACGAGUACUUCUCCGAUGUGAGCCACGCCGCCAGGGAUUUCAUCAACGUUAUCCUACAGGAAGAUUUCAGGAGAAGGCCAACAGCAGCCACUUGUUUACAGCAUCCGUGGCUGCAGCCACACAAUGGCAGCUAUUCCAAGAUCCCACUGGAUACCUCCCGCUUGGCGUCCUUCAUCGAGCGCCGCAGGCACCAGUACGACGUGCACCCGGUGCCCAGCGUCAAGAGCUUCCUGUUGAGCAGGAUGAGCCCGGGCACGUAGUGCCUCCAUCCAUGGGAUCCUACGCUGCUGGUCCUGAGCCCUGUGCCGGGAGCGCUGCCGGGAGCGCACGGAUCCGUCUGUACAUAUCCCAUAUCGGUGUUUGCAUUUCACCAACUGCAGGGUGGGAAUCACUGCAGACGUGGCAAUGGGACCAAGGCGAAGGGGGUGACAGCAGCGGGGACACGCUCGCUCUCUCGGGGCACGUGAGGGACACAUCCAUUGCCAAAAAAGGACUGCAGGAAGCAAACACCAACUGGGAGUGAGAGCCAAAAUUGCAGUUGCCUUAAUCUUUGUGAGGCAGCCUUAUAAGAAAUCCUCUUGAUCUUGCUGAACUGGAUUCAAAAUGUACAAAAGACUAGAAGUAGGAUAGUGGGGGGAGUGAGACCAGCCUGACCUUAGCACAUACUGCAGAACUGGACCGGUCAGUUUUUGCUGAAAUCAUUGCAAGCCUGCUCCAGGUUAUCUGUCAGAUCUCUCACGCCCCAUAUGCCCAGGUCUGCCAUGAUUUCAGUGGGGACUUUGCCUGCAUAGGACAUGCAAGAUCAGGCUCCAGUCACUGCUGGAUCAGCUCCCAUGGUGGCGUGGCUUAGGUACACUCGUGUAGCGUGGUAGUGCUCAGACCAAAAUCCUCCAUUAAGCCCCUCCUUGGGCUUUCUGCUGUGUUAAGUCAACGUGCAGCACCUUUCAGAGCUACGGUUAAGGCAUUUUAUUCACUGGAGCAUACAGCUGGUUCUGAUUAAGCACAAUGGGACUAUGGUGGGUUUUUUAAAAGCAUUUUAUACACAUUGUACAGAAAUCUUUUGCAAAACCUGUGCAUUGAGAAAAAGCAGAGUCCAAUUUUUGCAGUAUCUGUAAACUAGAUGACGAUGGUGAUGAAGACAAUUUUUUCUAUCACAGGUUUUCAGUAUACAUAUAUUGUAUCAUAGAUAUAAAUAUAUAUAAAUAUAAAGGAUCCUGUUCCAUUUCUAGCUUCAGAAUUGCUUGGCCCAAAGUCCAUCUAAGCCUUUCAGAGUGCAGUAGGAGUGGUGAGUUCAUUCUUGUGCUUACAGCUUGAAAAUCGUUUUCAGUGUUUAAAGCAUGUCAUUUGUUUCUUUUCCAAACUUGUAAAUAUUUCUCAGCCACCAUUAGCACCUCAUAACCAAAUCAUUCAUGAGGAUAUUUUUAUGUCUAAAGCCUAGUUUGUAAUUAAAAAAUAAUAUUCACAAUUAAAACAUUUCUCUCUUGCAAGCCAAGUUGCAACAUCAUCAUAUUGAUGUUACAGUGACGGAGCCAGCCUUAAGUGUAACCAACAUAGGGAGUCUGCAGUGACAAAUCAGCAGUUUGUAGGUUGGCCAAAUCUUCCUUUCCAGAAAUGGGACUGGAAGGGAAAACCAUCUGGGCUUCCCCAUCCUACUGCCACAUCACAAAGCUCUACAGCCUUGUGGGGUUACAAUCAAAGAGAUUUUUUUUCCCCUGGCAUGUGGGGACUUUGUCUUGGUGCUGAGUACCAUUUGUGUGUCUGUAAUGGGAAAUGGCAGUUGUUACCAAAGGUUUUCCUAAGGAAAAGGGCUUGAUCUGACCACGUGUGCUCAUACAGACUCUCUGGUAAGGGGGAGAGUCAAAUCUCAUUUACCAUCUGAGUAACUGCACUGUGAGCCAGCAGGAGCAAGCGCUGUCUCUGCCAGUGGGUGGUGGAGAUACCCUGCAAGUACUGUUAAAUUCUCAGGGCUCUGUUAGCCCUUUUUUGAUCCACCUCCAAGCUCCCUUUCACAGCAGGGAGGAGACCUGGCCCUUCUCUUUGUGCUUGCUCUAUCACUACACCAGAGUGGUCUGAAUUUUGUUAGUGGAGAAGAGGCACAGCAAAAACCCUCAGUGCUUGACACUGAGUGUGUGCAACAAAGAACAGCCCUUGAGAUAGGGAAGCCAUAGGGAGAAGGGUGAGCCCAGGCACCUCAGCAGAGUCAGCAGCAGUUCUGCGAGAGAUCUCAUACAGGGAGGGAGUGUGGAAAGGUUUGAAAGAGACAAAUGUUCACAGAAGGUUAAGCUUUUUGAAAAUCAUCUAGAACCUAUCUCAGUUUCUCUCUAGAGCAGCAGCUGAUUUUCUAAGCAAUCUAGCAGCACCUCUUAGAUAAAGACCAGACUCUCAUCCUGAGCAACAGUGCAAAAUAUGCAAUUUCUUAGCAACUGAAUACAGGCAGCAGUCAAGGGGGGGUCUCUAAUUACCACCAGCCUCAGGUACUUUCUCACUACAGGACUGUCUGUAAUUCUUCCUAUUUGUCAAAGCUGGCUCUUUGUGCUGUGAUUGUGCUGCCCUUAAAAAAAUGUUUGUGGAAGUGUGGUCUGUAAAACCCACAGUUUUUAUUAGGCCCAUGGGUACAGUCUGAACCACAGGCUUUCUGCUUGGCAUUAAUACAAACAAAUUCUCAUGUAUCACAUGAAAUUUCGAGUUAUUUAGCAUUUUGUUUUCUUACAUCCUGCAUUCAUAUGUCAAACUACAACAGCAGCCCCUUUGAAUGCACAGGGGAAAAAAGCUGGACCGUUUAAGGUAAUAUUUAAGCCUCUCACUGCUAUCAAAUAACAGAAAAGAAAACCCAAAAGGCUGAAAGAGAGAUGAUAUAUGAUUAGGUACUGGUGCUCAAAUUCAAAAAAGACUCCUUGUUGAGAGAGCUGGGAGUGCUGAAUUCUGAAGAUGUUGAAUGUUCUGGAGUUACUUUCUUUUGUGGUUUUGCUUUUUCCAUAUUCAUGUUAGAACACCUCUUCCUGUGUUACCAAGAUGGCUUGAAAGUGUGGUUGUAGCUGCACCCUUUAGCUUCUCCAGCAGCUUCCAACCAUCCAGGAUGACCAAUAGGAAUACUGACCACAGUGCACCACAAGCUCUGUGUGCAGUGGCACUGUGCACACAGCCACUGCCAUCAGACAUCUCCACAGUGCUCUUACCCUGCUCUGACAUCAAAAUGUGGCUCACAGUGUCCCCAGGUGCUGGGUGACAGGAGGGCAGCAGCAAAGGUGCUGGUGACACAGAGCCCAGAGGACAUGGUGACAUGGGAGGCUCCUUAAGAUAGCUUAAUUUAAUGAAUGUGCAAUGAGAAGUUAACUCACCUCUCUCUCUGCUCCACGUGGAGCAGCCAGGCCAGGGCAGGAAUUCUGCUGGCCAGUGGAAACUGUCAGCCCCCAUCAGGCGUUGCUGCCCUGGGGGAGGCCCACAUACUCCCAGGCUGCCAAACCCCCUGUGCAUGGUCCUGUUGGGGUGACACACAGCCAGCCCAGGGCCAUAGACUUCAGUAUUUUAAAGCAAUCCAGGCUUUAAAAUUUAUAAUAUGUCUCUCUCUUCUCAGUGAUGCCAACAAGUUUCAUUUAGUCUUACUGCCUUUUCUUUUUAAAAGACUAUGGAUUGGGUUUUUUCAGUAACGUGUAUCUUUUUACUUCUAAGUUAAUGCUGAGACGAAGUCUGUGCCCUCAACUGCCUGAGGCUGUGGCUUCAGUGGAGUUCAUUGGCAUUUCUGACAAUGCUAUUAGGCCUGCACUACAAAUACUGUGCAUAAAGGCUGAAUGCAGAACCACACUUUAUAACCUGACUAUAUAUAACCUAUUUUAAUGCCCUUGCCAUGAGGGGACUGUGUCAAGUAACCUAGGAUAAUAUAAACUUCAGAGACAGAUGUAAAGGCUUCUCUGUGCACAUAAAGGUCUAGCAGAAAGCUUACAUGUACAGGGGCUCACCACCUGUUUUUGUUCUUGUUCCUUUCCCAGCAGAGGUGGAUUCUCCUCUAACACAGGGCGUGGGUUUAUUUUUGGGCUCAUUCACUCAUGUCCCAUCAGAAAAUGGUGCUUUCCCAAGGAAACCAAGUCAAAUCCCAUUUUACUAGGCUGACUGCACACUGCCAUCAAGUGAUGUACUCUUGUUCUGGGAUCUGUAUAGUGCUGAGUGUUUCCAUAGCGUCAGGAUGCUGAAUGUUUGCUGUAACUGUAGUCUUUAUUAUGGAGCUAGUGAAAAACCAACAUCCUCUCUACUCAAGCCAUAUCUCACCUUCAUGUCCAACUUCUGAUGCUGGUGCUUUUACUUCUCUUUCAACCAAACUGUUCAACACUGCUCUGCCACUGAGGUCAAUUUGCUGAUAACUUUUGAAAAGCAAAUGGAAUAGCAAAUGCAAAAAAAAAAAAAAAAAAAAAACCAAUCUCAGACUUAUUCACCGAGAUAAGAGCAAACAGUUGGAACAUAGUGAUGCUUUUCAAUCCUAGCAACAAUCCACCGAAGGAGGGAAAAAGAAACAGUAUUGCUAACAGCUCAGCAUUUUCAAGGUGCAAAGUAAUUCCACAGCCUUAAUUAUUUCAGUGUAUUGCUGGUCUGCCUUAAAUGUAUCUUCAGUUUUAUUGCAGAUUUCAUUUUGUAUGCACACAAUGUUGGUUUGUAAAGGCAGGUUUGUAAAUAUUUCCUUUGUAAGUCUAAUCACUCAUGUGUACUGUCGUGAGGUGACUACUUGCUGUCCCAUGUUGUUGUUACUAUACUGCAAUAUAUAUGGUCAUCUACAGAUGUAGCUUCAACCUGUACAUCUCCUGUCCUUGCAUUCCCAUAAAUAGAGUAUACUAAAGACUCCGUUUCUGGGCUUUUUUGAUUAAAUAAAAUUAUUCAGAGAA